AUGGGGCAAUCAGAAAGUGGCGAGCAAGAGGUGGCGACGUCACAAAUUCAAGAGCUGUAUACAACUUUCAUGCAAGUAUGCCCCAGCGGUACUCUACAUUUGCAUGAGUUCAGAAGAAUCUUCGGAGUACAAAGUACGUCGGAAGAGGAAUCGUUGUACAUAGAGACGAUAUUCCGUUCAUUUGAUACCAACCGGGACAACGCAAUAGACUUCAUGGAGUAUGUGGCUGCACUGAACCUUGUACUUCGGGGGAAACUGGAAGACCGACUACGAUGGUCUUUUAAAGUCUACGACAGAGACGGGAAUGGACGGUUAGACCGGAAUGAAGUGAAGCAUAUUAUACGGAUCAUUUAUAAAAUAAAGAAGUCAGAGACUGACAUGACACCAGCUCAAGUUUGCGACAGAAUCUUUGAACUUGUUGACAAAAAUAAGGACGGUCAGAUUUCAUUGUCCGAGUUCAUGGAGGGCGCCCAGAAAGACGAGUGGCUGAUGGACCUGCUGAAAUUGGACGUGAAUGCCAGCGGCUGGUUCAUCAAAAACUGGAAAAAAAAAUCAUAAUCCUCAAAAAUGCUGCACUCGGUUUGUGCUAUUUUAUUCCACCCGUCAUGGGCUGACUUCCAGUGGGAGCCUUGCUUGGCAGAACUUCCGUGCUGGAACUGGCUGAUCUUUCCUGGAGUACGGAGCUCGCUACUGUAUGUGGUGAUAUGUAUGUUGAUGGCUUGUCAUAACUGUAUGGGACUCGACUUACAGUAAGACUGGGUUAUUUGGCUUGGAGGAAUUUGAGUAGCAGGAAUACAAAUGAAUGUGAUUUGGACAAUAAAACAGUACCAGCAGUACUUGUUCAAUAGGUACUUUUGAUGAUGUUCAAUCAUUUCUGAAUAGUCAAAAAUGUUGUUUAUGGAGAGCAUCCCUGAUGCAGAUGAAUCACAAUCUAAAAAUAUUAUUGACAUACUAUAAUGUAGAUCUUUUGUUUUCAUGGACAAGGUGGACAUUUUAGAAUAUAUUUUUUAUAUGUAUUAUUUGUUUUUAUUGUAUUUGUUUUCAGGGUGUUUCAGGUAUUCGUUGGCCACAGCGAAUAACAAUCAGAUGAAAAUGGAAAAAAAAGAUUUUUAACUUUUUGCCACAUUGAGCCUUUUUACUGAGAAACUUUGACUUUGAGUUUGGACAUGUUUUGUUCUUACAGUACCCCACAAGUCAUUGCAAAAAUGUUUUAAUGAAGAUGAGAAUGCUAACAUAUGCCUUGUACAGGGGUCAGAAAGGAGACGUACUGAAUUACAUUACUGUUUAAGUACUGUAAUUCAUUUGAAGCAUUUGAACAACUUAACAAGCCACAGUUUGCACUGAGUGACAAUCAUGUCAAUAGCAAAGAGCAGUUUCUACAUUCCAAACCUGUAAACUCUGUUACAAUAAUGAACAGUAUUCAAUAUUUCAGUAUUAUCAUUAUUCAGUUUGGUCAGAAAUAGGAAAUCAUGAUUUUUAUUUUAUUUUUAGGUUUUGCAUUGUAAUUGCUGAAAAGUAUCAUUAAUUGCUUUUCCCCUAUGGCUUUGUACUGGAAGCUUAAAGGGCAGUCUACUGUAAUGGCUUAAUUCACACACAUAGUAACUGAAAUGUCAUAGACCUGCACGCUGUUUGUGAUUUCAUAACAUUACUGGACACUUACUUUAUUAGGUAUUUGUUAGACUCAUUAUGUCUUCUGCUGCUGUAGCCUAUCCACUUCUGCAUUCCACUGUUGAAAUGUGCUUAUUUGCAUUAUUGUCACCUUCCUGUCAGCUUCAACCAGUCUGACCUCUCUUAACAACGCGUUUCUGCCCACAUGACUGCUGCUGCUCACUGGAUGUUUUUAGUUUUUCACAAAAUUUUCUGCAAACACUAGAGACUGUUGCACGUGAAAAUCUCAGGAGAUCAGCAGUUUCUGAUACUCAAUCCACCCUGUCUGGCACCGACAAUGAUUCCACGGUCAAAGUGACUUAAAUCACAUUUCUUCCCCAUUCUGACAUUUGGUCUGAAAAACAACUGAACCUCUUGACCACGUCUGCAUGACUUUAUGCAUUUAGUUGCUACCACAUGAUUGGCUGAUUAAAUGUUUGCAUUAACAAGCUGGUGUACAGGUCUACCUAAUAAAGU